UACCAAGCAACAAGGCGCUCUGUGGCUGUAGCGAGGGUUAUAAAGAUUAAAUCGUUAGCAGGCUAGAUAUUCAGCUAGCCAAACAAUGUGUCAAUACGCCUUUAACAAGUACUUCCGAACCGUUCUAUUAAUCGCAUUUGUUUGAUCAUGCUUUAAUGCCCAUACUAGUGAUACGUUCAGCAUAAAGCAGCAUGCAGUGAUGCUGUUUUGUUUAACUCAUACUGUUAGCUAGAAUUGCUAUCACAGGGUAGCUUUCUUAUCUAUGCUAUAUGGCUAUCUUCUGGUUAUAGGAUAUGGCUGAGAGAUUUUGUACCGACACUGGGGAAGCAGUCUACCGCUCCCGCGAUGCAGUGAAAAAUUUUAAAAUAAGAAUCAGAAUUCAACGGGUCACCUCCACAGUGGCUCUCUCGCAACAUCUGCAACAGCAGCACGAGCGAGGCACCAUCGAGCUCGACACUUUCAUCUCUCAAACACAAUCAGGUGCAGUUGAUGAAGAAGAGCUGGUGGUUGGCUGGCAAGAUAAGUUUUUCAGUCAGUAUGAAAUGGACCUGUAUCAGAAUGAGUCUGUAUGUCAGACUCCCCUGGAGAAACAGUAUCACACUGAAAUUCUGGCAAUGGAAAAAGCUAAAAGAAGACGAAAUCAGCGUAUUUUCACCUACACUGACUUUGAUCGCUUCACCAACUGGGAAGAGCAGGCUCAAAGUUUAAUGACAUCAGCCCAGGUGAGGCCAACCUUCCUAGCAGAGCGCAUGGCAAACAUCAGACACAGACGGCAAGAGAGACGGCCCAUGGACUCCAAUAUCACCAAGACCCGGUUAGUUGUAUGGGAGCCCUCUAAAGAGUUUAAGAACAGCCACAUUGUCAACACCUCAAUGCAGAGCAUGCACAUCAUGGCAGAUCUGGGCCCUGCUGGCAAGUUGGGACUGAAGGAGAAUGAAUAUGUGCUAUGCACCAUAAGAGCAGACAGCAGUGGAGUAAUUACGCUGAAACCCGAUUUCAACAAUGAUGGAGAAUCUUAUAGGCUGGGCACAGAGGGUGAUAAAAGGGAGGUGUGGCACAUCUAUCUGGAGAAUGCUUCUGCCCCCAUUUGCACGGAAGAGAAGGAACGAGAGCAACGCAUGUACCGAGAUCUCUACAACCGGCAUAAAGAUUAUCUCAACAGCCUUGUUGGCCAGGACUUUGAAAUGCCACCUGCCGGGAUUCUUCGUCUGAUUGUUAAUGGAGAGAUAGUUUCUGCACAGGGCUAUGAGUAUGACAACCUAUAUGUUCACUUCUUCCUGGAGCUGCCGAACAGCUGGUCCACUGCAUCAUUUCAGAGCCUCUCUGGUGUGACUCAGACAUGCCGAACACGCACGUUUGGGAAGGACAAUGUGGCAUUCUUCUCUUACCCCUUCAGCUUUGAGUCCUUCUUCAGGAAAGAGGAUGAGUCCGAGGCUUCUCUCCCCCUUUGGCCUGUGCUGUACUUCAAGGUUCUCUCCCUGGACUUCUGGCAGCGCCACAGAACUGAGGGAUACGGAUACCUGGUCAUACCUUCUACACCUGGCUAUCGCAGGGUGACAUGUCCCACGUGGAGGCCCCUGCAGACGGGCACAGUGGCUGAACUCAGGCGCUUCUUCAUUGGCGGAGCUCCUGAACUGGAGGACAUCAGCGAUGUGAGAAUACCCAGUACAUUUAAGGGAGAUCGACUGAGCCGGUUUGGCUUCCGCACUCAGGCAACAGGGAGUAUCACUUUUGUCCUGAACUGCCUCCAGCAUGCCCGGGCGUUUGUGGAUUCCAAAACUCUGAAGAAGAGGCGACAGACUGUUUUAGACCAACUAGGUGGUCACAGUGAGCUAGGAUCUGUUUCUAAUGUGCUAGAGGCAUUUCACAGGGCUCGUAAGCGAAUGCAAGAUGCCAGAGAGAGUCUACCCCAAGAUCUCAUCAACACCAAUGCCUCAUUCAUCUCAGAGUCCUCAGCAUAAGUGCACAGGCAUCUAUCCUUAAGGGGUUCUUCCUGUUUAAAGGUCAUACAGGACAGGAUGCAGUGGUUUAUCUGUUUCAUGUGAAGCAUUCCUCUUUGAUAUGUAUAUUGACUUUUUAUACUGUAAUGUCUUUUUAGAGAUGAUAUACUUUUUUCUAAAAUUGUUUUUUAUAAAAAAUAAACUAUGAAUGUAAACUGUAAAAUUAAUAUAUUGUCUAGACUUCAUGGAUGAAGCUGUUAAGAUAAAAUAACAUCUUUAAAAAGAGGCUGCCAUUACUGAUCAGUUUCCUACUUCAAGAGUAGGUUUAUUUUUUGUAAAGCACACAGUAAGCAGUAGAGAGCGCCAUUUAGGAUAAAUAAUGAACACGCCUUCUUGCUUAGCAUGAAGCAGUCUUUUAAAUCACUCUAAUAUGUGAUCAGUAUUACUUUGCAAGUUUUGGAUGACUAACAAUACAAAUUUGGAUGGUUAACAUUAAGUGUUUUAAUAUAAUGAGUUUAUUUUUUGAUAUUAAGAGCAACACUUCUCUCCGAUUACCCUGAUUAUUUCUUUCUCAGUUUACAUUGAUUAUGAUUUUUGUUAGUAAUUGAUAUUGAUGGGUAAAUGUAUUACAUAUCAGUGGUACACUUCGCUUUUGGACAUUUGGAUAAACAUGCAAGUGUAUGUGUACACUUGGGGGGUGGGGGGUUGACUCAUUUAAAGCUUAUUACCUUUUUCUAAUUUAUAGAAGACAAAAGCUUUAAAUCUCUUGAAAUUGCUACAUUUUUACAAUAAAUAAUGAGAGAUCAUGUCAAAAACUAAGUGCAAAUGAGUAUAAUUAUUUUUAAAAUAGUUAUUAAAUAGUCGGAACAAACUCGAGUGGCAUGGCAUGGCCCCCUCCUCCCAGAUGUCUUCCUGUGUGUGUGUGUGAGUGUGUGUGUUUGUUUUUGCAUGGCAACGGCCUUCCCAUGUAUCACAGCUGUUCCUCGUUUUGCUUCACUGUGCAUGAAAAUAAAGUCCUGUUUAGUCGUGGAUGUUUGACCAAACAAAAGCAGUGUGCAUCAUUGUUUGUGUUUAACAGUUUUCGUUGUGCCAGCUUUGUUACGUGUAGUAAAAAAACGUCUGUGUGUGCGACACAGCUUGAUUGUGCAUCCUGCCUCGCCUCCCACGUCACAUUGCGGUUUUCAGUACAACCUGGUAUGCACACCACUCAUAACGGAUUUUGCUGCUUUCUGCCUUAACGUCACUUAUGACUGAUUUUGCUAAUUCUUGCCUUACACUCUUUGAUCAGAGGGACAAGCUGAAACUUGAUCAGCUACGUCCUCACUAAAAAUAUGAUUAUAGUCCAAAUUGUGAAUAUAUAUAAGCUUUAAGUGUUAGUAAGUCAUUAAUAAAUGCUGAUGUGUUUUACACUUCACAAUAAAGCUCCCCUUUAGUAGCAAUAAGUGUAAGUUAUUCAUAAAUAUUUAUGUGUUUUACAUUUUACAAUAAGGCUCCUUUUUGUAGUUAUAAGUGUUAAUAUACCAUUAACAAAUGGUUAUAUAGCCCAAGCAGCUUUGUUCCUCAGUGCAGUUGUUUUUUAAAAGAGCUUUAAUUUUGACAGUGGAAUGAACACUUCUAUCCUGAAAACCUUCUGACUCU